AUGCGUUACUCACGUCGUUCUCGACGCGUUCCUUCCGAAGACAGUGAGUCGGAGGAAAUGGAGGUCAUCAACGACAACACCAUUGCCCCCAGCAAGAAAGAUACAGAGGAUAAUGCAGAUGAUGAGGCCGAGGCUGUCAAGUAUGCUCCUCCAGGGACGAUCUGCGAGGUUCACAACCUCUACCAGUCCAAGCGCGAUGACAAUGGUCGCACUUCAUGGACAAAGAAGAAGCCCGAUGAUCUUCCCAGCGCAGAUGAGAACUCUGAGUCGGCUCAGUAUGCUCUCAUUGUCCGCCAUGUCAAGUGCUACGAUGGUCGCAAACCUCUCCAAAUCCACUCCAUUGUUGUGCAGAGCGAGUGUCUGAAAAAGGUCCUCGGAAAAGUACUCGAUGGCUAUCCAGGGGUAACCAUGACCUUGGAGCGAGUGGAAUUCCGCAGUCCUUUCAAGCCUUUCGUUCAUCGAUGGGAGCGAUUCGCCAGUGCGCGUGACCAGGAGCUAGACUCGGUGACCAAAUCGCACGUAGAACUUCUCUACACUAUCCUCGAAGAGGAGCUACGGGAUACGAUUGCCCGUAAAAAUGACCUUGUGCUCAACGGCGUCGUCACCCAUGAUCUUCUCUGGACCAUCUUCGAGCCGGAGGGUGAGAUCUUCAGUAUGGUCGGCGGUCGCCCCCGAGCCUUUCGGUUCAAGUCCGGCGAGACCAACUGUCGGACCGGUGCAUUCGAUCUCGAAGCUAAAUACAUUGAUUUCGACGGUGAUGACUUUGGAUUCCGCGACAAGGACUUUGAAGUGCCGCCGUUUGGUGGCACCAUGCCCAUCACGGCUCUUCCGGUGUUUCCCCUAAGACAUCACAGUGACCAGAUUUCCGUUCGCGACGCCUUGGUCGCACGUGGAGCGGUCUGGGAGCAAUACAAGGGGUAUUAUUUCAAGUAUUACGAAGGCCUGGCCGUGGGUCGGUUCAUGAGAAGGGAAUUCAAGUUCAACAUCAAAAGCCGCAUCAUCAUCGACGCUGAGGCGUUCAACACCUUCAACCCAGACGAGUCCGUCUCAGUGUAUCCUACCUGUGGAAAGGAACUCACAGAUGACCAGCGACUGCUGGCCCUCCCAAUUUGCGAGAAACGGUGGCUGGAGUUCAAUCUCGACAGUGUCAAAGAGAUCGUGUGGGAUUCGCAGGCCUUCAAUUCCCUGGUACUGCCGCAGGGUCAACAGGAUCUCAAGACGCUGAUUCUGGCCUUUGCCAAUGCGCAGUCAAAACAAGCGGAUUCGUUUGAUGACGUGGUCCAGGGCAAAGGACGAGGAAUCAUCAUGCAGCUGAGCGGGCCGCCAGGAGUGGGUAAGACGCUCACUGCGGAGAGCGUUGCCGAAGUGAUGAAGGUGCCGCUGUAUGUGAUGAGCGCGGGAGAUCUGGGGACGUCGGCCUCGAGCGUAGAGGAGGCGUUGAAAGAUAUCCUGCGGAUGAUUCCCAAGUGGGGUGCGGUCCUUCUGCUCGACGAAGCCGAUGUGUUCAUGGAAGCUCGCAACUCAACGGACUUGUGGAGGAAUGAGUUGGUGUCGAUCUUUCUACGUAUGCUAGAGUAUUACGAGGGCAUCCUCUUCCUGACUACCAACCGCGCUGGAAACAUUGACCCAGCUUUUGAAUCUCGAAUUCACGUCUCCAUCGUCUACCCCGAUUUGGACAUUAAUUCCCGACGCCAUAUCUGGCAGCAGUUCCUGACUCGCACCGCAGGAACCGAGGAAUUCUCCGAUGACCAGCUCGAGACUUUGGCAGGAGUAUCGUUGAAUGGCCGACAGAUCAAGAACGUGCUCAAGACAGCUCAUUUGCUGGCAUGGUCGCAGGAGAAGCCACUUGCUUACGAGCAUUUACAAACAGUACUCAAGCUUAGAGAUGCUACUUCGCCGGUUGCAAAUGGGGUUUGA